AUGGAGACUCUCGAAGGAGCUGAACUGUGCUUUCCGCAAUUUGUCAACUUUUCCUGCAGGAAAACUACACCACCUCCGUCUGCUGCCAUGCUCGCUCACAUCCUGCUGUCCUGCAUCUCUCUGCUCACUGCAGCUCUCAACCUGCUGGUCAUCAUCUCCAUCACCCACUUCAGGCAGCUCCACACCCCAACCAACCUCCUCCUCCUUUCCCUGGCUGUCUCUGACCUCCUCGUGGGCCUCCUGCUGAUGCCAGUUGAAAUCCUUCUUACAGAGAAUUGCUGGCUCGUGGGCGACCUCAUGUGUGCUCUGUAUUAUGUUGUAGAUUUUAUCAUUACUUCUUCUUCUGUUGGGAAUAUGGUGCUCAUAUCAAUUGAUCGUUAUCUGGCUAUUUGUGACCCUCUGCGCUACACAACCACAGUCACUCUGGACAGAACAAAAAGCUGUGUUUGUCUGUGUUGGAUCUGCUCCGUUCUCUAUAAUUGUCUCAUUUUAAAGGACUUUCUGAGACAACCUGAUUCACAGAAUUCCUGCUACGGGGAGUGUGUAGUUGUCCUCAACCACAUCACAGGAGCUGUUGACUUUGUCUUUACCUUUAUUGGCCCCAUUCUUGUCAUCAUAGUUCUGUAUAUGAGAGUGUUUGUGGUGGCGGUGUCUCAGGCUCGAGCCAUGAGGUCUCAUAUUACAACUGUCUCACUUCAGGGUUCAGUGACAGUAACUGCCAGGAAGUCUGAGCUGAAAGCAGCCAGGACUCUUGGUGUUGUUGUAGUUGUGUUUCUAAUAUGUGUCUGUCCAUAUUACUCUCCAUCCCUUAUAGGUGAGAAUAUUGAAGACAGUAGUUUGUCCUCACCGAUUGCAGUCUGGCUGCUGUAUUUCAACUCAUGUCUGAACCCUGUGAUCUAUGCCUUUUUUUACCCCUGGUUUAGAAAAUCUAUUAAACUAAUUUUUACACUAAAGAUACUGCAGCCGGACUCCUGUGAUGCCAACAUACUGUAG